UCUCUCGUCACCGCUCGCAGCGAAUCGGAUUUUGCGUUUGUUUCAGAAUCCGGAAGUAGGAAGUGCAGUCUGAAAAGAGCGCCAUUGUUAAAACCUGAGACGUUACCUGAAGCAGAGUCCUUCUCAUCUCUGGACCAUGAGUUUCUCCCCUGAACCCCCCAGUCUGAUGGGGGCCAACAGUAUCCAGGAGCAGAGGGAGCGCUGGGACAGGAAACGCAGUCGAACAGCCAGAGAGCUGGUUCAGACCGAGCAGCACUACUGCCACCAACUGGAACUGGUGUCCACUUUCUUUGUGGAAAUCUUGAGGGCCAAAGGAACCCUGAAGCAGGACAUUAGAGACGCCAUCUUCAGCUCUAUUAAAGACAUCCAGUCAGUGAACCAAUCUCUACUGGUCCAUUUGGAGAAUGGCUACCUGGGCCAGGGUCUGGACAAGUUCUGUUCACACUUGGACCACUACAGCAAGUAUGUGGAUAACAUCUACAAUGCCAAGAAGGUGCUUGAGAUCCAGCUGAAAAAAAACAAGGCCUUCAGACGGUUCAAAAAACUACAAGAAGCUCGACCAGAAUUCAAGGACCAGAAACUGGAGGACUUACUUCAAACACCCGUCCAGCGAAUCCUUCAGUAUAACCAUUUCCUGCAAGACCUGACUGCCAACACAAGUCCAGAUGACCCAGAGUUUGAACAACUUUCCAAGGCUGUAGCAGCAGUGAGUGAGGUGUCUCAGCGUAUCCAGGACAACACUCGGAAGCAUGAGAACCACCUGCAGCUUUGCAGAGUGCAGAAACUCAUGAAGGGGCGAAAGACGAAGGUGAUGGCUGCAGGCAGGUGGUACAUCCGUGAGGGCUGGCUGAAGACUGUCCCUCCAAAAGGCACCGAAGCCAAGCCUAAGAUGUUCUUCCUGUUCUCGGACAUGCUGCUGCAGGCCAAACACUGCAGCCUGCUGCUUCCUUCCAGUGGAGAGAAGUUUGUUGGUCAGCAUGCCUUCCCGUUGCAGGACGCCACUGUGGAGAAGGUUUUUGGCCACACCAGGAGCCAAGGAGGUCUGCUCAGUCUGACCUUCCCCAAAGCCAAACUUCUGCUGAUGUCCAGCAAUCAGCAGGACCUCAAUGACUGGUACCAGUGCCUGAGCUCAGCUAUCAGGAAGCUGCAGUCCAAACAGACGGUGGUUCUCCAGAGAGCUGAGCCGAGACGCCGACCACUUCGUUCAGCAGUGGAGAACCUUCAAAGCAGCAGCAGUCCCAUCAGGAAGAGACGCUUGCUCAGCUGAAGUUUCUACUUGCAGCUGUGUGAUCUUCUGAUGGAUUUCUCCUCCAGAUGUUUUCUGAGAGUUUGAGCUUCUCCACAUUUACCAAAGACUUGCUGCAGUCCAGUCUAUAUUCUGUUCCUGGCUGCCUCCUGUGCAAUAAGAGCUUGUGUAGGUGCUGCUGGUGUGCUGCUCCUCGCUACACUGCUUUCUGCUCACUGAUUAAUCUACAGUAAUGCUUUUGUUGAAAGAUGUUAUAGCUUAUUGUUUGUGACCUUUAUUUAACCUUUAAUGUUUUUAUUUGCAACAUUGCUUUAAGAUUAGUAACAGUUGUUUUAUUUUGAAAGGGACUGUUUCCUGUUUGGGCAUCCACAAGCCUAACUAGCUACUGAUGAGAUGAACCAGUAAAACCAACUGAUCACUUGGUGCACACUCACUACCAGCAGCAGAGUUCGGAUCAGAACCUGCUCUGGAUUCAGCAGAAUCAUGUAUCUGAUCUGAAUCCAGGCUGAACGACCCGGUUACCACAUUUUAUACUCCGACUCCCUGUCCUGUUUGUUUUUUAAACUCUUAUUCUGUAUUUUUUGUUUUUACAAUUUUAUAUUUACAAAUAUAUGAACUAUAUUACGUCUGUAUUAUGCAGCAGAUCUUUUGAGUGACUGUUUUUGUAAAAUUCUGUGAAACAUUCUGCAGUUUUUUUUAUUUUAAAUGAAGAUAAAAAAUAGCAACU